AUGGACGGGUUCCUCGCGGCCGCGCGUCGCGUCAAGCCCUUGUCCCGCUGCGCCCACGGCCCCACCUCGUUGCAACAGUGCUUGACGCUCGUGGAUCUCGUGGCCUACGGCGUCGGCUGCUCGGUCGGCGCAGGUGUCUACUCGCUCGUGGGCGUGGGCGCGCAGCUCGCAGGGCCAAGUAUCUCGCUGUCGUUCUUCCUUAGCGGCGUCGCUUGUGUCUUUACGUCGCUCACGUACUCGGAGUUUGCCGCUCGUGUGCCGGUGACGGGUUCUGCGUAUACGUUCGUGUACAUCACGUUUGGCGAGCUGGCCGCGUGGCUCAUUGGCUGGAAUCUGACGCUGGGAUACGGCAUCUCGGCAGCUGGCAUUGCACGAAGCUGGGCCUCGUAUGCCCACUUGUUCCUGCAGCAUGCGGGUCUUCAUCUUCCACUGUGGCUCGUACGCGUACACUUCCUCGGCGCGUCAUGUAGCAUUCUCGCAGCGGCUCUCGUGAUCUGUUGUACCUGCAUCUUACUGGCUGGGGUUCGCGAAUCUGCCAAGUUUAAUUCAUUGGUGACGUUGUUGAAUAUUGCGGUGCUACUCUUCGUGGUGGUGUACGGCGGCACGGAAGUGAAUACGACAUACUGGAAACCAUUCAUGCCGGCCGGGGUCCAUGGUGUCAUGACGGGUGCUGGCGUCGUCUUUUUUGCAUACCUGGGGUUUGAUAUGGUCGCCUGUCUCGCCGAGGAAGUUCAUGAUCCUCAACGCACGUUGCCGAAGGGAAUCAUCGGCUCUCUAUUGAUCUCUAUCGCUAUUUACGUUGGGGUGUCACUAGUUGUCACUGGAAUGGCGCCCGUCGACGUCCUGGGCGACGAGGUUCCGCUUGUGAAUGCUUUUGCAUUUCACAACGCACCUUGGGCUGGUCAUAUCGUGUCGUUCGGCUCGAUCUUCGGACUCACUACUGCUGCGUUCACCUGUCUCAUGGGCCAACCGCGUAUUUUUUACCAAAUGGCCAAGGAUGGUUUGCUACCGUCACUCUUUUCCACGCUCAACCGCCGGACACACGUGCCUGUUUCCAGUACAAUAUUGACUGGCAUCCUCGUUGCGUCCAUCGCGUUCAUCUUCGAGCUCGAUUUCCUGGCUAACGUGAUAUCUUGUGGCACGCUGCAAGUCUUCACUUUUGUGAAUGCUGGCGUGCUACUUCUUCGAAUGCGUCCGAGUGUCAGCGCCACUAGCGUCGUCGGACGCGUUCUCUUGUAUGUGCUGUCGUGCUCCGCGUUGUCGCUAUCGUUCGCGCUCGAUCUUCCCUGGAUAAUUCAGGGUGCGUUUGCAGUUUCGGUUCUCGCUUCGUUCGUGUUCAUCCAUCGAUUGGGCAAGCUCAGCACCCUCGCAACAUCAUUUCAGUGCCCACUCGUACCGUUUGUACCGUGCAUUGGGAUUUUCGCAAAUGUGUUUAUGAUGGCAAGCAUUCCCGGCGAGGGCUGGCUCGGUGUGCUCAUUUGGCUGGGUGUGGGGCUGUUUGUGUAUUUGGGCUAUGGAAUCCGGCACAGCGCACUAACGGACCAGGCUCUUUUGCGCCAACUCAUUUGA